AAACACCUCAAUAGAGGUGUGGGAGACUGAAUUCUAAUUGUCAAAGCAAACGAAGCGAAGGUUUACGUACGGCGCCAAACAGAAACCGGUCAAACUAGUUUAUUCCGAAGCAAAAUUUUCCUCGCUAGACUUUCCAACCGGUUUUCAGGAACUUCAAUUCAAGUUUGAAACUCUUUUUACGAGAGGUCUGACCAUGGAAACCGACACAAUCUGGCCGCAGAUGAAACAGACGACGGUCGUUAGCGAGUCGCUGGCUCCGAUGAACAAUGAAGUCGCCUUCACUGAUAUAGGUAUGAGUACUUGUUCGCUUCGGCGUUCAGUGACACGAUAAAUUAAAAUUCUAACCGUACUGGUGCACUAUGUUUGUGCUAUUUUUCCUUUGUAUCAUACUUCGAGCACAUCUAAGCGAAAAUUAACAGGAGCGCGUGGCGAAAGUUCGCGAAGAGGAGCGUAAUCCUUUGUGUUAUGGUGACGGUUCAGGUUGCUGAACAAGGCGGAAAUUUGCAUAUGGCUGUCAGACACCGCGAUCACUGCGUGGUUGAAUAAAUUAUAAGUACAAUCAAAACAGCCCUCUUCUGUUGUCAACGCAAUAUUCCAAGAUAUAUGACAAAACGCGCGCUCGUCUCGAUUAGAACGACCGACUUAGCCAAGAAAAGGUUUGCCCUUUCAGAUUUCAGAGGUUAUUCGGUAACUUUAGAUGAUACCUGAUCACCUAUAGUCCGAUGCCACGAAUUGUUCCCUAACUAAAUUAGCAUGAACCCCACUGAUACGCUUCCUCGCUCUCGCACUCUCACCGCAGGGUAUAUCUUCAAACCAUUGCUAACCCAGGGAAGAAGUGCUGUACAAGAUUUAUUUUAGGAUGCAACCACCUAUACUAACUUUUGAUCCGUUUGAACUAAUUUCUUGAAACGCGAAAUUUACCUUUUUUAUCCAUCGUGUUAUAUUUGUCUUCAUAAUAUUUUGGCAUCUGCCUCACCUGGCUUGUUCAAUCAAGGUUACUUUGCCAAAAUUAGGCGAAGCGUGUUACAAAUAUAGUAUUUUAUUUAUCUGAGAGGCUCCGGCGCGACACAGUCCAGUAGACACUCAGUAGAACUUAUGUAUUCGUCUUAAGGUGUGGGCGUUUAAUUUUGCGGAUGUUUAGAAAACUCACCUCAAGGACCUUAAAAUAUUUAAUUGGACUGGGUAACUAUUAAAUGUUCAAAACCAGGCAAAACAAAACUUGAAAACCUCAGGAAAAGAGUUGAAUAUGUACAAAAAAUCCAGUGCACUCUUACGAAAUGCAAACUCGUGACUGUCUCAGAAAGCCGCAUCACAGCAGCACGAAACCGAAAUUUAACCCCCAGGAAAUACAGAGGGAAAAGUUUAAAUACUAAAAAAGCUAUAGUAUAAGAUUCAAAUACAACUGAAGAAAAUAAAGGUUUAAAGUUCAUUCUAGUUUACUCAGUCCCGUCAAUUUCCCAGGAUCAUUUUGUGACCGAUUGAGGAAAAACCAGGGAGCGCGUCUCAAUCAUGGAGGUCUUAAAUUUCAGUUUUAAGUUCUGUCUGUUCUUUCUCCCCGAUGUUAUCUUUCCGUUCGUUUUGGACCAGAUGGAGAGCACAAGUCCUCUGUUUUAUUCUGAUUGUGUUGCAUGAAAUAAUUACUUUAUCGUUAAAGGUUUUUGACAGACAAAAUACGGCAGAAAAUGCGUGUAAAGAGAAUUCUUAAUUUGCUGUCACAUUUAUUUUGCAGUUUUUUCUAGACUGAGAUAAGUUAGGAGUCAAAAUAAUAGUUACACAGAAUAAACAAAGUACAAUAAAAUAUAAAAGAGGGAAGCUUUCUUUGGCGAGGGAAAAUUUAGACAGUUUCAAGACGCAAUUUGUGUUGAGUGGGACGGCAUGAAGUUCGCCAAUGCGGCUAAGAGCCAUCUGGUCACAUUACCAAAUUUGGAAUGACGAUGAUGUCAUGGUCUUGAAAACCAAUAGGCGGAGCCAAAGAUGAUUGAUACCUCCCUGCAGGCCUCGCGAGAGAUAUUUCUAUGAAGGAAGGCGUGUAGGAAGGUUUGUAGCGGGCCUAGACGCGACUAGUAUUGCACGUUGUCCUCUCUUAUUGGCGUUAUUUUCGAUUUCGGUCGGCUAGAAACAAUUUUUGGCAUUAAUUUAUGGUCGGUUUCACAGACUGAACAGAUAAAUUUUUCCCUUAUUAUGGAGUUCGGAGAGAGAAAUCCGUUCGAAACAGGUAUGUGGCUGGUAUGCGAAAUUGUGGUUAGCGCCAAUUUGAAUUUAACGCUUUGUUAGCAAUAUAUUUUUAGCUUCGUAGUGGUAAUAUUGAAAGGAAUGUAGUCUUAAAUGUUUGCACCGAAAUCUGUAGUGGUUUGCUUCGAUAGCUAAGCUCGUUUGCCGGAAAAAUGAAGACGGUUAUCAAAAUCACAUGUCUCGGCGACAUUCAUGCAUAUUCAAACACAUUUAGUUUCAACAUCGCUUUUAGCGAGUCACCCGUCGGCUGCUUUUAGUCUCCAUCAAGUGCUGUCAAUCUGUCUCUCGAGAAAUCACAAUGAAAGCAGAUAUCAUAUUUGUUUUUCGUGGUUUUUUGUUUUUUUCUUGUUUUUUCAAAGUUCAUCACCUUUCGGGUCAUGCGUUCAGCUGACUGUCGAGUAAAUUGUUUUUUUCGGUUGUUUGUUGUUUUCAUACGUUUGCUUGCACGCCAACCAAGCAUAAACUAUUAAAACUGGACUCGUAGAUACUCAAUUUUGUACUCGAGUAUAUUCUCCUAUCUUAAUUCGCAGUUUCGUAACUUGUCGAAAGACAAAGAGCUAUCAUAACCUUUCUGCAAUCUUCUUGUUUACCUAACUUAGCUAAUGUUUUGCACUUGCUUUCAAGCAUCAAAGCCGUAGAAAUUCUUACGAAACAUGGCGAAAUGUAGAGAAAUAUCGACUUAGAAAAUGUGCAAAUGUUAUUUUCACACCUAGAAAGGAAUGUACAGUUGUGAAAUAGCUAAACGGAUAUUCAUUGUCGAACUUUGAACCUCUAUGGCCUGAUUUGUUUCGGGGAGCUUUGUCUUAGAGCCUUUAUUGUUCUUUUCCAGAUCAAUUUUCAUCAGAAACUCGAGAUAAAGAGAUUGAGAUGUUCAAUCCUACGCAAUCUGGUGGUAAGUUGAUAUUUCCUGCGGCAAAGGUCAUCAUGUGAUUUUUCUGGAGAAUUUUUGCCUCGACGGACACCGAUAUGCUCGUUAUCCUCUCUUGCGGGUUUUUUUUCUCCGUUUAAUUUACGCUGUUGAAAUCAGCAAUGAGUCAACUGCUGAUUCCAGAGUUUAUUUGGUAUUUUUCGAUGUCUAAUUGCCCGUCGUAAGAAUUUAAGGGUUUGAAAAUAGUUCGAGUUGCACAGCGGUUUGAAAGAACAACUAUUUCAUCAUUCUUUGAGAUUUACCUUUGCCCUCUGCUCUUCAAGCCCUAUUUGUAUAUAAAAGCAGUAGAGCCUUUUAUCCCAAGGGUAAAUUAAAAAGGACGGUAGGUGAUAUUACGUAACUCUUGGAACCUGGAUUCAAUUAAAUCUGAAAUUCGUAUUAUGUAAUGCACCAGUGGGGAUUGACAUAUAAAGAACAUGAUAGUCAUCUACCGUUGAACAUUUUUUAACACUUCUUGUAAGCAAGGAAAUCAUGGGACUGGCAUUAAAUUGAAACUGGUCUUGCUGCCAAUUUCCUUAGUUCAAAUGUUAGGUAAAUUAAAGCUGUAGUCACAAUAGCAAUCUUUUUUGCCAUUGUUUCCUUUAUCCAAAAAGUGUGUGCAUAAUGACCUAUCUGGGCUGUGCUGAAGUCUUUUCAAAUGUUAUCAACAGAGGAAAUCUCUUGUUUAAGAAAGUUAAGUAUAAUAAAAAAUUCCUUCAAGAAUUUGUCAUCAAUGAAAAUCUCUAUACAAGAGGUUAGUGCAUCUGUGAUAAAGCAGUGUUUGCUUGUGGUCAUCUAAGAGAUUUACACGAAGGUGGGGCAGUUUUGAAGUUUUUGUCAGUGAUAAUAAAUUGUUACUUUGUGCUUAUGAACUCCAUAUACUAGUUAUGCAACUUUUUCACUGGUCUGAAUGAAACUUUUUUUCUCAUUGCAUUUUUGUUUUGUUUGUGUGGCAGAUUUUGUUCCAAUGGAGGGAGUUGCAGAUUUCCCAGUUGAUAUUCACAACUUCUUGGCAGCUCCAGGCAUUCCGGAUUGUCCACCAAUCUAUGAACCUCUGCAGUCACCAGUUGAUUCUGAUUUGUCUUGCCCACCUUCUCCUUCACCAGUUUCCUCGCCAUCACCAAAUUCCUCCUCAUCAUCUUCUGAGUCGGGUAUUGAAGAUGUUAGUGACAUGGAAGAAUCAACAUCUUUUCUGGCUGCAAAUGGAUCACUGCUUGUCAAGAUGGAAAAUCCAUCCUCUCCACUGAAUGGUGUGAAUCUACCUGUUCUAAAGAGACGUGCUAUCAAAAGGCGUUUCAAGAAAGAAAAUGACAGCUCUGUCUUGGAAGAGCUUAACAAACUUCUUGUGGAAACCAGUGUUUCUCUGGCAUUGACUUCAACGGACCAGUCUUUAUCUCAGCCAUGCCAAACUCAAGCUAAACUUACCAGUGAAGGGAGCAUUCAGACUACAGCUUUACCAACCUCUUAUACUUGCCCUCUUAUUGUUGAGGCUAACCAAACCACAGUUGCAUCUGAAUCUCUUCAACUGUCACUUUCCAGUCAGACGACAACCACCUCUACUCUGUCUACACUUAGCACCCCACCUCCAGUUGUCUCUCAGUCUAGAAUAAGGAGUAAACCAACACGGAAUCACAAGAAAUCUGAUGAACCCAAGAUUGUGAUUAUAGAGGAGCCUGAAGAGGUAUUUUUUUCUUGGAUUCCUGAAGUAAUUUUCCUUGUUUUUCUUUUCAUUCUGCUCAGAAUGUCCUGUGCAUUGCAAAGUUCUGUUUUUCAUUAUUUUCCAUUUUUCAACUUCAGCAUACUGACAAUUCAUUUAUCCAUUUGUGCAGAACUACAGAGCCAGAUAUGAAAGUGAAGGAUGCAGAGGUCCUAUUCAUGGCUCUCAGGACAAUUCUUUCCCUGCUGUUAAGGUAAGUUGGCUUUAUUUUUGAAUAAAGUUUGUUUUGUGUUCCCAGGUGGGUUAGAAAGGUUUUGUGAUAUUUGAAACUGUGGUUUUCAUUUUUAGAUUACAGGAUAUGAUCAAGCUGUGUGGAUCACAGUGCAUCUGACAACUAGUAGUGGCAUGCCACAUUACCAUUCCAUUCAUGGACCUGGCUCUACUAAGGUACCAUGUAAAGAGACUACUCUACCUGGUGGAGUACCUGCUGUUCAAGUUAUGGUUGCUCCAGAUACCAAUAUGACUGCGGUGUAAGUACCUCAUGAGUACAAGUUUGUAAAUAAAAAAAAUUUUUAUCUUGGUUACAGCAGUAUGACACCUAACUAUUUCAUGUUUCGACAUGUCUCAGGCUUGACUCAUUGAGCAUCCGUAGACUGCGAAACUGGGAAGGUGACAGAGAGUUGAGGAAAAGAGGAAUUGAUCCAAGAACCUGGAAGAAAGAACGCAAGGAAGCAAGACUGUUGUUUCAGGCAGAGUUGCCAGAGAACAAUGGCCAUCCAACUGUUAAACUGACGUGCAAAUCUAAGGUGUUCCAGUGUAGUUCUUGUGAGUAGUUUCCUACAACAAUGGAAUGUAAUGAAUUUUGUCUUGUUGAAAGACUCUUUUUCAAAUUUUAAGUUUUAUUGACAAACCUUGACAGUAUCCAUCAACCUGAUGAAGUGUCUUUUAUUUAUUUCAGCUGGUCCUCCUGGUAAUCCAGAAAUUUGGUGGGCCAGUACAAGUGAGGGUUCUGUUGAGGGUGGUGAUGAACUGGGUCUGAUUGGAAAAAAGUUUCAAUCAGGUAAGGCAACCAUUAUUUGAAAGAUGUGUGGAAUUCUUGUCAAGUAAACAUCCGCUAGGGUGCUCAUUGGGCAGGCUGAUGGAAAUUUUUUGGGAAGUGUUUAGGCUAAAUUUUGGUUGUUUGCUCUAUAUGCUCUUGUUUCUUUGUAUGAUUCUCCUACCAAGAGAUUUCAUGAUGAAAACCCCUUUGUAAUAAAGGUCUCUUUAUUUUUUCCAUUUCUAGGUUUUAAAGUGCGAUUCUACUCAGUGAAUUCCUCUGGUAGGCUAAGUUUCUUUUUUUUGGUUAGAAAUGCAGAUGAAAACUUGAUCACAAGAAUGAAAUCAAGGUGUUAAGUUCACACAUUGUUUGCUUUUUGUCAGUGAUGCUUCACCUCGAACAUGAGCAAUGUAUUGACUGACUUAAAGCAAAUUCUAAGAAUGAUAAACUCUUUGCUUUUGUUCUUGUGAUUACUGGGAAUGAAAUUACAAUGCAACAUUACAAAGAUUGAAUUGGAAACACUUAAGGAACAAAAUGUCAGUUAGUCCAUUUACUUACUUGUCAACCCAUGAAGUUUGCAAACACAGAAAUUACAGUUUAAAUGAACAGAAACACCUUCAAAUGAGAGACUGAUUGGCAUUGUACUUUGAUAUCCCAGCUUUAAAUAGGUGUAAUAUUAUCAACUGACAUGCCUCAUUACCUAAAUUUGUGAAUUUGAAACUGGAACAGAUAAUCAUCUUGCUUUUAUUGCAACAAAAAAAAUUCUGUAUUUGAGAUUUGUUUAUGACCUGAGCACUUCAAUUCUUUCAGAAUGAAAAAGUUGUUAAUUGUUUGAGCUUAUUUCUUUACCAGUGGCUGAUCUCAGUGAAAUUCUCCUUGGGGUGAAUUAAGUUCACUUGUCAUUUGAUGCUGGGUUGGGCUCAUUUUGGGAGGUUGGGUGACAAGGAGUAUGAGUUGGAUUUUAUAAAAUACUAGAGGUGUGCACUUAUUUCGGCUGUAAACACGAAUGUUUUCAAGUGUCACUUGGCAAACCAGUUAUCAUUGCUCUACAUUGCUCUUUCAUUAUAAACAAGUUGAUGCAAUGCCAAGCUCAUCUGCAUAGGUGCAGUACUUUUGGUUAGGAAUAUAGAACUGAAACACAAGCUGGAAGAAACUGAAUUUUCUUCAAAGGUGAUUGGCCAGUUUUAAAAAAAAAAUUCUGUAAGAAAAAAAGUCAGGGAUCAAACCUCCAAGAUUGCUGUGUUGAUCAGAGCUCUUUAAUAGUAGUCCUGACAAUAGCACUCUGCCUCAGAGUGAGCUUGAUGCAUACCAUCAAUGUUGGAAAAAAUUGUUGAAAAUUGAUAUUUGAACAUGUAAACCAAAAAAAAAUUUAUAAUGAAAUAAAAAUUGGUCAGUUGAUGGUUACCCUUUUCUGCUGCCUAAGCAUCUCAUUUGUGACAUUUCAAACUCUUAAUCAUGUGCAGUGUGUCUGCUGUCACUUCACAUCCUUUGCAAGCCCAGAGAAUAUAGAGUAAAACAAAUUUGACUCAGUGAAGCUUGUGACUGUGUAGUAAAUAUGAAAACCUAAUUGCAGUAAUGUUGUAGCAGGAAAAAAUACUAGAAAAAGGAAAAAGCCUAAAGGAACUUAUUAGCAUUAAUUAAACUACCUCUUGCUUUGUACUAGAAAGCUAAACAAAUUUCACAGAAUUUAUUUCAAGCUUCUUUUGAGUAUCAGAUGUGCUUUAGAGAGUUCAAGUGAUUCCCAAAAAAAUGUUUGGAAAUGCUUAUGCUAGAUGCUAAUUACUUCCAAUUUGGCCCUUUCUUUUUUGUGUUUUUCUCUGAUAAUGUUGCUGUAAUUAGGUGCAUUACUUGUGGAGAAAUGAGGAAAGAGCACUUUAGUAGUUCUCCCAGUAUUUUUUUGAAUUCCAGUGUUUGCCUACUCCUGUUUAAGAAUAUUCAAAGAAAUUAUAAAAUGACACAUUUUAAAAAACAUCGAAGAUAAAUUUACUGAGCCGUUUCUUUGAAUUUCAUUCAUGGAGUUUUUUAGAACACAGGUCCCAGAAUUGGCAGGUUGCUAUGAGAAAUAACACCCUUUCCUUUCUAAAAAAACACAUUUUCCUUGGCUUUCAAAUUGUUACAUGUUGUUAAAUGAAUAUUUAAAGGCCACACAAAAUGAAAAUAUAAAUAGCAAAGUCUGGCUAGAAAUUAUUUGAGCUCUGUGGGUGAUAAUUUACUCACCUUGUGGCAUAUUUGAAAAUAUUUGUGAAAUAAAAAAUGUUAGCUUUUGAAACUUGUUUCAAGAGAAGAAAUUCCAUUUGAUCAGAAGGCUGAAUUCUCUUUGGCUUGUUGUAUUCUUGAUUUUAGGGAAGAAAGCACACCAAGAUAAACACUGUUCUUGUAUUCACCAGAGACAUUCCAAGUAUCGCCAACUUAACUGUUCUUAAUGUGGAACAUGUUAAUUGGGCUUGUAUUUAUAUAGGGGAUUUUCAAUGGAGAUCAGACACAGAGGCAUGUCAGUUACUUUUGGGUGUAAUGUCAAGAACUUUGCAAAGCCAAUUGUGAAAUAAAAUGUACCUCAAAGCCUUGCAGAGCAAUGCUUGGGUUCCAUUUUCUUUGAAAGCUGAAGAGAAUAGUCAUCAAAAUAUGCAAACAUUUUCUUGUUGUCAUUGUCAAAUUUCUGAUUUGUCAGAAGGAAAAUUAGCUGGAAGGAGCUAAUAGGUUGGCUGUGCAAAGUACUGUCUUGGGGUUGCCAUAGGGUUGUGGGAGGGGGGGUUGUAAGGUUUUUAACGCUGAUUGCAGUUAUUGCGCUUCCAGAGUUGACACUGUAUUGACCGCAAUGGACAUUGCUCACAUAAUUGCUUUUUUACCGGUGGAAGCUGUGUUAUACAGGUGCUCGGUGUCAUCUAUCUCUAAAAUCGUUUUGAAAUAAAAGUAGUUUGAUUGUUCGGCCUGCAUUUCUGUAGACCAGAAACCUACUCUCAUAUUCAAGAACUUCUCUUCUCCUUUAGUUUUCUUCUCUAUCUUAUCUAGAACUGAAUUUCAAUUUCAUGGUGCUUCAUAUGUGCAGAAAGAGAUAAUUUUGAUGCAAAAUAAGUUGAUGUUCCAUUUCGUGUAGCAAGCUGUAUUCUAAUGACCCUUAUGGCAUGCAUGAAACCAAACUUUUGAUCCUUUUAGUCUCACUGGUGUCAAUAUGACCUGUUUUUCUCAAUUUCUGUGAUUGUAUCAGGAUUGUGUUUCAUUUUUGGGCUCCUUUUGGGAGCAAAGGGUGUCAAGAAAAAGUUUCAAAAACGUUUCAGUUUCAUCAAAACAGUGUUUACCAGGCUUCUCUUCAGUGUGACUUUGAGAUUGUUGUUCCACCCCUUUUUAUAAAGAAAACAGAAAUAAUCAGAGUUAAUUUUGAAAGAUGGUGUUCAAUAGCUGAUUUUGGCGUAAUCAUUGUUACUAGUGGUUUGGUUGCGUCACCACUGAACUGGAAAAAACUUGGGUAGCGAGUGUAUUAAACCCUCUGCAUGUUGUCAACCUCCUGCAUGUUGCUAGGAUUUGGAUGAGGAUGCAACACUUUUAAAAUAAAAAUGGAGAUGGCAAAUUUUAAGCCCUGUUAUUAAGGUCAAUUAUUCUGUUGAAGUAGUUCAUGCUAGGUUUGGAAAUCAGGUGUAAAGUUGACCAAUAUUCUUUCAAAAAUCAGUUUUAAAAAAAUUGUACAAUUUUUUCAGAGUUUUGUAGGUAAAAUUUUAAUCCUUGAAUAACUUCUGAUCAUGCAAUUGGUUCAAAUAUUUUUCACAAUUUCAGUUUGAUAAUAAAUUGUAGACAAUAUAAACAAGUAACCAAUUAUUUACUGAGAGGUGCCAUAAUAAGGGGAUAAUGGAACUGCAACACUCAAUUGUAUGCUGCUUUGAAACAAACCAUUUCAUCUCUUUGGCAAAAGAGUUUAAAUACAUCUAAUAAAGAAAUGUAAAAGCAGUGCUUUUAUGAGAAGUCAUGGUAAACAGUGUUUGUUUAAAGCAAUGUGUGAGCAAUUAUUGCGGGUCCAGUCGACAACCUAACACUUCAUUACAGUGGAAGACAUUUGCGCAUGAAUUUUAUCUCCACAGUUGCACAGUGAGACAAGUAUUUUGUCUUUUUACUUUGUAUUCGGUUUAUUUUCUUGUUUGGAAAUUGCUGUGCCUUUGUAGAGGUGUGUUCCAGCUUUUACAGGGAGGUUUCUUGAAGAAAGUGUAAUCACCAGUUGAUUUUACAAUAUUGAGGCUGUGCUGAUCAGCAUCCACACAUUGGCUUCUGGAAAUGAAGUUUAAGAAUUAUUCUUUCUUGAAAAUUCAUACUAAAUUGUCCUUAGAACACAGUUUUUAUUUCGCGGAUUACGUGACUAUAGUUCAGUUUUCCCAGUCAAAAUAUUCCCUACUUGAAAUAUGGUGAACAGGGGCAUUAUUGUUUGGCAUCCUUGUGAUGAAAGUUUGAAAAAGUUGGGUUCACCCUCUAUCAAAGGCCAGAGCAUAUUCCAUGUUUAUUUUCAUUUAUCAGCAGUUUGAACCAAGUUGUUUGUGACACAAGAUCGUAACAGUAACCAAUCUGUGUGGACAAACUAUACUGGUUCAGACUUCUCAAUUGCCUCUCUUUGUGUUUUGCCUUGGGACUGGAAAGUCUGUUUCAGAAAUAUACAUUUUGUCUUGAAAUUUUGAUUGGCAAAUUUUUCCCAUGGCUAAACAUGGAGAGAUCUCCUUCUUGGCACCUAUGUAGAGGAUGGAUAACCAACAUUUAGCCCUUAUUAAUUGCACUAUAUUAAUGCACAGUCUCAACCCAGUGUAACCUGCAUGUAAGUCUCGCUUGAUUUACAUCAUUAUGUUCUUUUAGAGACAGUGAGUGAUGUUGGUUGUUAAUCUUCUGUUAGUUGCCAUUGGUGCAUGAAGGGCUAGGGAGGACCUCAUGAUUCUAUUUUUAUUCCCAUUUUUACAACUUGUACUCUUGGCCUUGCAAGGAAUGGCAGUUGCAAACUCCAAGGCAUAUGUCCUCAGUCGAAGAGCACCCACUGUUUGGACACAUAAGAAAAAGACCAAUUAAAGAUGAACCCUGAACCCAGAUACCAGAUAAUUCCAUUAAAUAUAUAUGCCUUGGAGCUUAUGGACUAUCGUGGUGGUGUGUGUUGUUCUUUUGUGCUGUGUGUUAGAUUAAAGUUGUUGUUUUAUGGAAUGAAUUUGAACCAUGAACCGUUUAUGAACCAUGAUGAAAUUGAAACAAACUUCCAAGGCCAAUUUAGUUUUUCCUUUUUUUUUUCUUUCCAUGAUCAUUUUUGAUCUCCAAUCAAAUUAUUCCUAUCAUGUAAAAACAAACAAGCUAACAAACAGAAAUGUGAUCCAAUAAAAAUAUCCAAAAAUAUAACUGUUGUAUUGAUUUACCAUUUCAAGUCAUGCCUUUAUUUUUUUUCUUAAUAAAUUUUCUUCAUUUUUAUGGCUAAGUAGGUGUAUUGUACAAGUUAUCUGCCGUCCUUGUAGUGGCUUCUUUGUUAGUGUGAUCAUGAAGCAGCCAAGCUUGCAGCAUUGAAUUUCUGCACCCAUACUUUCACUUGGCUGCUUGAUGAUGGCUAGCAUGGUAUCCUCUUUGCCUGGGUGGGUGCUGUGGUGGGUGGAGUGGGGAGUUUAAGGGGAGGAGAGGUUUAUUAGCACCAUCUCAAGUUUCAGAGCAAAACACAUUUUUGGAACUUAAUUUAAAUUGUAAACUUUUUUAUCAUUUCAGAAAAUUGGGAGAGUUUUGCUGAAAUCGACAAGAGUAAGUCACAUCAGGUGAGCUUCUUGAGAAUCUUGAGGCCAGCUAAUUGGAAUUUACUGGGCACGAUUAAAUAAAUAGAUUAUUCAAGCAUGGUUCUUGUCUUGAGACAAAGCCUCUGGGGUUUAGUGAUGAAAAAGAAAUCUUUCUGAUUUUGUCAAAUAUGCUUAUAUUAAGAAAUAAAUGAUUAAAUAAAUGUGUUUGUGUUCAAGAUUAUGUGAAAAUCUAGACAACAGGAAUUAAACCAUUAAUGACAUGAUUGCAUUUAGAUGAUAAAACAUUGCCAAUAACCUUAUGUCUGCUUUUUAUUUUUCAAGGGUGCUGCAGUGGUUCUCACUCCAGCCUACUGUGAUACUGAAAUAACCUCUCCCGUCACUGUUAACGUAGUGGUAACAUUUGGAAAUGGCAGAGAUGCAAAAUCAAGUGAACCUAUUGAGUUCACAUACAAACCCAAACCUAGGGUAAACUUGCUAGUUGAGGAAGUAGAAAUGCAUCCAAGCCUUCCCAUUACUGCUACAGAAAACGUUAUUACAGUGGAUCUGUUUAACCCUAUGGUUGAGCAGGUUGUGAUGGACAACCUGCCUCAAGAAAUCGUGGAGCCUGCACCAGUGCUAGUGCCCACAGUGAAUGAGGAGCAAGGUAAGGCAUGGGUUAAAGUAAAUUCUACCCAAUUUUUGGUUUAUGAGUAAUAUCAUGGAUGUGUGUUGGUGGUGAUUUGAACAUAUGAAAUUCAUUGGCGCAGUUAACAUAUAUGUGAGUGGUACUGUAGGUGAAUUAUCUAUCUCUUGAACCUGCAUAGCAAUGAUGCAUUUCACCUGUACUUCUUCAAGCUCAUAGUCUAUUAUGGUUAAAUCUGUAAUCUUGUUUUCAGACUGGCAGGCUUUGUGUGUUCAAAUUGGUGAGCUACAUCAAAAUGGAGAGCUUUCUACAGAGCACGUCAAGGUACUUGAGCAGUUAAUUGUCAGCUUGAGUGGUCAGUGAAUAAAAGGAUUUACAUGGUAUUCCUAGUAGGCUAAAAAUAAAUUUGUUUCUAGGAAUUAUGUGAAUACAUCAAAAGAAAGGACACUCUACUUCUGCAAGCCUUUCGUUCAUCAAGAACUGCUGGCACCAAGGAACAGCUUCAAGUGAACUUCAAACAAUAUCUCUCAGGGAUGCUUUGUAAUUUGUAGGUCACAUUUGAAUAUGUAAAUUAAAUUAUAUUAAUUAUUGUUAUAGAAUUCUUAUAGGCAAUUUUAUUAUAAUAAGUUUAUUUCUUUCAUAAUUAAAAACAAACAAACAAAAAAAACAGUAAAAGAGAAUGCUGACGGUCUGUAUUUUCACUGCACUGUUUACAAUAGAUAGAAGCAUGUCAUAUCCCUAUUUGUUUGGCUUAUAUCUAUUUUCAACAGUGUUUUGUUGGUACAGAUUUCACUAGACAACAUCCACUGUAAAGGUGUUAUAUAUCAGUUUUAAAUGAAGGCAAGGUAGACUUGUUGGAAGAAUGUAUAUUGAUUAUUUACUUUAUUUUCUGCUCGUACAGAUGUUAUACACGUGAACUUCAGUGACUAACGCCAAUCCCUCCUGUUUUCAAACAACACUUAACUCGAUCUCUGCUAGACUUUUCUUAGAUAUGAGCUUAAUUGAAUUUGCCUGACAUUUGCAAUCAUUACAUCUGGUGUUGGCAAUGUCAACGUUUGAAAUUUAUUUUGUUAUGGGAAUUAGUCACUUGUUGUGUCCUUCUCAACCUUGAUAUUCAGAUAGUUUUAAGUACUGAGACAUUUUACCAUGUUUUGAUGUAUGGGUUGCCACUUAAGUUGAAUUCACUCAGGGUGAGCAUGCUUAGUCAAUUUGUAGAUGUUUAAUCUCGUUCCUGGGAGAUGCGUUUUCUAGAUUCUUAAAUUAAAUUUCGUAGCUUUGGGUAGUGUUGUAGUUAUGCCCGAGUGUGAUUACUAAACUACUGUGGCUACUUUUGUAGAUUCUUUGAAGUGUAGCUAUUACCAGGAGUUACUGUCCACCUUCAUUAGUUAUGUACUGUGUCUGUUAGCACUUAAACUUUUGUUAUACUGGUUAUUGCAGGUGGAACAAUUAUGUAUGUAUAUGUAUCAGUCAAUAUUUGUGAGAAAACCAAACUAAGGUAGUCGGCCUGCAUUUUGUUUUGCAUGCUUUCCUGUCUGAUGACAGUUGAAAGCAAGCACUUCAAAAUGUCAUUCUUGAAUUCUGUGCGGUGUACAUCCAAGUUAGUCUUAACCAGGUUGAAAGCUUUAGCAUCUUGACUCUUGAGGAUUUUUUAAUCUGUUUUUUCCUACAAUGAGAAGAUUCCACAAGGUAUUGUAAAGGUGCAGUUGGCUUUUCUUGGUGGAAAAACUGAAGGAAAUUAUUAGGCUUGUUAAAGACUAUACAUCAUGAUACACAGUCUGAUUGUGUAUGGCUCUGGAGUUAGUUAACUGUUCCUUUACUUAUCUUAAAGCAGAUUGACUUGAAAGGUUACAUUUGCGCGGGAAUGUCUGACAUUAAUAUUAUGCACAAUUUUGUGUGCGUUGUUUUGUAAGAUGAGUAUUGUCAAAAUUAAUUUUAAUUUAUUGAUAUAGAUUUCUCAUGUUGAGUUAAUGUCGUAAUUUGAAAGAAAUAAAUGCAUGAUCAGUUGAUUGUCACUUUGUAUUCAGAGGUGAAAGUUUAGUAAAACAGGUUUUCUCCGGC